UACAUUACUCUGUGUGUGGAUGGGUGGGUGUGUGUGUGAGACCUUAAUCUGUGUAUGCUGACUCCAUGCCGUGGUCACUGCACCUCCCUAAUCCCAAGAGCGAGGCUCUUAAAAGGAGCAGCACUUGCCUCGGGGGGGCAGAGCACCAUCACCUCUCAUCGCCACGAGACGGCCAUCCCCUCUAUCUGUUCAUCCGCCCAGUUUUAAGCAGAAAGGGGUCCUCUCACCUCUUGGAGAGACGGGGCUGUAUUCUCUUUCCUUUCCUUGCGAAAUAGCGCCGACAAACUCUUCUAGCAAACCCGCUUGCAUAAACACGCCCGCGACACCUGCCGCCAUGAACGGAACAGCCGGCCCAAACUUUUACGUGCCCAUGUCCAACAGGACCGGGCUGGUGCGGAGCCCCUUCGAGCACCCUCAGUACUACCUGGCCGAACCCUGGAAGUACUCCCUCCUGGCAGCCUACAUGCUCUUCCUCAUCGUCACGGCUUUCCCCGUCAACUUCCUCACGCUCUAUGUCACGGUGCAGCACAAGAAGCUACGGACGGCUCUGAACUACAUCCUGCUGAACCUGGCUGUAGCCGACCUCUUCAUGGUGGUCGGGGGCUUCACUGUGACCCUCUCCACGUCCUUGCAGGGGUACUUCUUCCUGGGGGUCACCGGCUGCAACAUCGAAGGGUUCUUCGCCACCAUGGGAGGUGAGAUUGCUCUUUGGUCUCUGGUGGUACUGGCCAUUGAGCGCUAUGUUGUGGUGUGCAAACCGAUGACCAACUUCCGCUUCAAUGAUAAGCAUGCAGUCGUGGGUGUGGCCUUCACCUGGAUCAUGUCACUCUCCUGCGCUGUUCCUCCAUUGUGUGGUUGGUCUAGGUACAUCCCAGAGGGCAUGCAGUGCUCCUGUGGCAUCGACUACUACACCCCGACUCCUGAGCUGGGCAACUCCUCCUUUGUCAUCUACAUGUUCACCCUGCACUUCGUCAUCCCACUGAUCAUCAUCAGCUUCUGCUACGGCCGUCUGCUCUGCACAGUCCGUGAGGCAGCAGCUCUGCAGCAGGGGUCAGAGACCACCCAACGGGCAGAGAAGGAAGUGACCCGUAUGGUGAUAGUCAUGGUCAUCUCAUAUUUGGUGUGCUGGACGCCCUACGCCACUGUGGCCUGGUACAUCUUUGUCAACCAGGGUGCCAACUUCGGCCCGGUCCUGAUGACCAUCCCGGCAUUCUUCGCCAAGAGUGCUGCCCUCUACAACCCAGUCAUUUAUAUUCUACUCAACAGACAGUUCAGGAACUGCAUGUUGACCGUUGUUUGUUGUGGGAAGAACCCAUUUGUUCAGGAGGAGAACUCCACCGCAUCCACUGCCUCUUCCAAAACACAGGCCUCUUCCAUCUCUGGCAGCCAGGUAGCACCUGCCUGAUCUACCACCCUUUUAAACCGUGAUUUGUUACCUGGCCCAGUCAAUCAGGGGACCCACGGCCAAAGCAGCAGCCUCAAUUCACCGCUUUGUCUACACAGCAGGGGUUUCUAUAGUCUCUGUACGUAUAUACAUCAUGUAGACCAACAACAUGAUUUUAAUAAUAAUAAUAAUUUGUUACAUUUCUAGAGCGCUUUUCUUUAUUUAGGAAAAUCUCAAAGUGCAUUAAAUUAAAUGUACAGUUCAUUUCCAGCUGGGCUUCAAUGUGAAUGUUGUCUUGAUAAAUGCGGGAACAUCGCAGAUUAAUAGUACUUGCUCUGUAUAUUAACAUCUUGUAAUUUUGCAUACAGAUUGUCUGUGAAACUUACAGGAACAAUAUGUCUGUCUAUUUGCUCUAACUGCACCUGUAAGUAGCUCUGGGUGGACUUUUUCUAAAUAACUAAAAAGUACAUACAUUUUUUUUUAUUGAAAGGCAAUUGAAAGGCGAUUGAAUUCACCGAAAUGCUGGCUCAGUUGGAAAUGUCCUUCGUUUCAAGUGUGCUAUGUGCUGAAUAUCUGGGUUAUGGAUUGAAUCGAGCCGUGGGUCUGUUGUUAUGGCAUUUACCCUGAGCACCAUCUGCAUCAACAUGGUUUAGGACUGUCUGAACAUAUUUAAUGGAUUCCCCACCAAGUUAAACAAUCACAAAAACGAAUCCCCUAAAACACACAAUGUAAAAAUAAAACAAUACUCACAAAUAUAUUUUGGGUAAAAUAUUUUACAUUUGUUUAGAUUGUCUCCCUAGAUUGUCUCAUUUGUGCCCAGUUAUUAGGUUGUAUAGAAAGUGUGUGUGUGUGUGUGUGUGUGUGUGUGUGUGUGUGUGUGUGUGUGUGUGUGUGUGUGU